CCCGGCUUUUUGUCCACUUCGUUGUUAGAUGAACGUUUGUGCUGCACACAGGGUUUUGGCACGGCUUCCUAGAGUUGGCCUUAAAUCAACAACGGUUCCAGCCGAACAAUUUUUGUCAUUAAGGCUGCAUUCAGAGGCUCAGGACAGGCUGCUUCAUCUGAACCAAAGCGCAUAUUGCUGCUGAUCGAAGUCAACAGCCCUGCAGCCAGAUCUGCUUUCCAAUGGUACCAGGAUGAGGGAAAUACAUUGCUUCUGUCUGAUUUUGUCUUUCUUAUGGCAACAGAUGGUGAAGGCUUAUAAAUAUAUGAGUGGUAUUUUCACAGUGACUCAUUCAUCGAAGCAGCAAGACACAGACAGUUCCAGGCAGCCGAACAAGAUGGACGUAAACCGGCUUCAGGAGCAAUAUCAUUGUUUAAAAGAGAGGCAAAAGCUGCAGACCCAUGUCAUUUUGUUUAAAGCAGGUGGCAAUGAGGCCAUUCCCAAGGAAUCCAUGGUCAGUGCUGUUUUAAUUAAUAAGAGCAUGAGAAAAGCACUGAAAGAAAGAAAGAUCAAUUUGCCCUGCAGUGAAAAUGCACACGAAAGUUCACCAUGGCGGAUACACCUUGGUAUCCACCGCCUGGCACAUCACCAGAAACAGCCUUGUGAUAUCGCCCAAGACCAGCAUGAACACAGCAUGUUGUCUUGUGAAGAGUCAUUAGAAAGCACUGAACAGGCCAUUGCAUUGUCCAGCAAAGAGGAAAAUCCAUGCCCUGUUGAAGAGACAGUUGGUUCCAACUCACCUUGCACAUCCGUUACUUCCAUUUGGACUUACUCUAGCCUCAACAUCUCAGCUUCAAAACCAGCACCGAGUAAGCUAUCUUAUUACCCCUUCCCUCAGAAAAAAAACCCCAAGAUUUCUGAAGCUGCAAGAAAACUUGGGCUGUAUGUUUCCCGGUGAGAACUCCGCCGAGAAAAACAGCGAUAGGUCUAUCCGGGUUUUUCUAUAGAAGUUACAGCAAGGUCCUCCUUGCCCCACCCACUGGUGUAAUUGCCUGAAAUAUAGAGUAGCAUUUCUGUUCCUGUGACACGAGAGCUGCUCUAUCCACAUAUAAGCAUCUUGGAUCAAUGUUUCUCUAGGGGUAUGCAUGCUAGUCUAAGGAAGGGUCACGUGCAAUGGAAGAACUCCAGCUACUUCCAAGCUUCUGCAUCUCAUGUGCAGUGUGUGGUGGGACAGCAAUGAAAUUGUUCGCUUCUCAGGGGAUUUUUUUUUUUUUUAGGUCAGCCAGCCCAAUAUCCCUCAUCUGAAGAGGGAAUUUCCAUGGAGGGAAAAUGGGAGGGAAAUGCAAUAAAGAAAAUAAUUGGUCACGUUGUGGCAGAUGGGUGGAGGUAUCUAUCACUAGAAAUUUCCCUCGAGAUUGCAGCUGGUGGAACUCCAUUGCUCCAGCCUGAAACCAGAAGCUUGAGCUAGACCCUUUAAAAACUUUAAUUGUGUGUAUUUUAAUGUUGAUCUACUCGCUAUAGAUUAAAUUCUUAACAUGUAUUUUGAAUGAAUAAGUCUUGGACUAGCAUAAACCUGUGUUUUGAAGGUCCACUGUGAAGAAAACAGUAGCCCCAUGGAAGUUCAUUUUAUUUUCACUCUAUCCUAUCAAUGGCUGUUGAUUAGUUGUACCUCACAUUUGGUCCAGUUUGGUUAAGUUCAUUUCCUCAUUUAAAAAGAAGAGGGUUCUGGAGGGUAAAUCCCAAAUAUUCCCUAAACACCCCUUUAUUCCUUUCAAGAACAGAUGAAAUGCUUUUUUUAAAAAAUUAAGUGACAUGACAGUGAGCCUUCCCUUUCAAAGGAUCAUCUUUAGGUAGUGGGAUUCUGUUCCCAUUGCACUGCGUAGCAACAAAAGAAUUUAUCACAAAUAUCAGCCUUUCCGUUUCCAAAUUAUUAACAUAGCUCAAUUGAGCUAAAUAUAGGCUUCCAUGCAGGCCAUGCAAUCAUAUAUAUUCCUAGCUGAAAAUGAGCCCGAUUAGCUUUAGCAGACCUUAUUUCUGAAUAGACACAAAAAGAAGGGGAAUUUUAAAUAGCUGUCUGAAUUGGCAAUGUGUGAUGUCGCCUCUAGAAC